AUGAUCCCUUCUGAGUUCUCGCAAGAAAACCCCAAUAUCACUGCUCUGUAUACACCAUAUCCCCAAGAGAUCACUGCUCUGUAUACACCAUAUCCCCAAGAGAUCACUGCUCUGUAUACAACAUAUCCCCAAGAGAUUACUGAUCUGUAUACACCAUAUCCCCAAGAGAUCACUGCUCUGUAUACACCAUAUCCCCAAGAGAUCACUGCUCUGUGUACACCAUAUCCCCAAGAGAUCACUGCUCUGUGUACACCAUACCCCCCAAGAGAUCACUGCUCUGUGUACACCAUACCCCCCAAGAGAUCACUGCUCUGUGUACACUAUAUCCCCAAGAGAUCACUGCUCUGUAUACACAAUAUCCCCAAGAGAUCACUGCUCUGUAUACACCAUAUCCCCAAGAGAUCACUGCUCUGUAUACAGCAUAUCCCCAAGAGAUCACUGCUCUGUAUACAACAUAUCCCCAAGAGAUCACUGCUCUGUAUACACCAUAUCCCCAAGAGAUCACUGCUCUGUAUACACCAUACCCCCCAAGAGAUCACUGAUCUGUAUACACCAUACCCCCAAGAGAUCACUGCUCUGUAUACACCAUACCCCCAAGAGAUUACUGCUCUGUAUACACCAUACCCCCCAAGAGAUCACUGCUCUGUGUACACCAUACCCCCCAAGAGAUCACUGCUCUGUGUACACCAUAUCCCCAAGAGAUCACUGCUCUGUAUAUACCAUAUCCCCAAGAGAUCACUGCUCUGUAUAUACCAUAUCCCUAAGAGAUCACUGCUCUGUAUACACCAUAUCCCCAAGAGAUCACUGCUCUGUAUACAGCAUAUCCCCAAGAGAUCACUGCUCUGUAUACAGCAUAUCCCCAAGAGAUCACUGCUCUGUAUACAGCAUAUCCUCAAGAGAUCACUGCUCUGUAUACACCAUAUCCCCAAGAGAUCACUGCUCUGUAUACACCAUACCCCCAAGAGAUCUCUCUUCUGUGUAUAAGGUAUCCAAAAAGAUUGCUCCUCUACAGUAUAUGCCAACCAAUCACCUUGCUUUGUACACAAUGUACUGUGUAUACAAUAUCCCCAGUAGAUCCCUGCUUAUUGUUCAGAGUAUCCCUAAAUCACUCUUCUGUGCACAGUAUCCUCAAGAGAUGACACCUCUAUGCCUAGUAUACCCAAAUGACCCCUGCUCUGUGUGCUGUUUUCCCAAAGGACCGCAGAUCUGUUAUAUGUACUGUGUUGUACUCCCCAAUAGAUCACAGCUCUGUCCUGUACAGAUCCCUACUUUAUAUCUGUACAGUACCAGAACAGAUCACCACUUACUGCCCACACGGAUCCCCUCUAAUACCCUCAGUACUACCUCCUUCCAGACACCUUUUCUCUUCCUCCUGAUCUCUGGCGUACAUGGUGGACACUACACAUCAGUCGUUCUCGGGACAUGUCUGUGUCUUAAGACUUGGGAUUCACUCAGAGAGGACAUCCAUCUCAUGUUAAACCUCCCCAAUGUUGUAUGACAGUGAACUGACACCUCAGCUUCCUCUGUGGUAGCACACUAUAAUGAGAGCCUGACUAUGCAUUCUUCUAUGGUACAGUGUCUUCCAUGCUGCAGAGAGAGAACUGUGGUAUUAUAGGGUUAACACUAAUUAUCAAUGUAAUAACUGGAUCCUGCACUACCAAUAAACACUCUUUGUAUUUUA